AUGGACAAGAAUAGCCAGCUUUCUGCGAAGCAAUCAAUGCUUUCAUUAACUUCACCAACAAAGUUACAUGUUAUUCCUAAUGAGAAUAAGAUUACAAAGAGAAAGGGAAAAUCGACGCUUGGAAACGUGACAAAUACUAUCAAUAGGCCUAAGCUGAUUGCUAAAAAUGGAAUUCCACCUUUACUGCGGAGGAGUUCUUCAUUUUUUAGAGAAGAAUCGCCUGUUCACGAACCAUUAAGCGGGACAGGGUAUAAUUCAAUUGACCAAGAAACAAACCCUGAUCGUUUCAUACCGCAAGUGCAUCAUUCACAAAACACCAAGUGCAUUGAUCUGGAAGAAGAUCCUGAAGAAAUAAAACCACCACCAAACGCUUCACCCUUUAAACAUUUGAGCGCGCAGACAAAGAAAAUGUUCAAACAAAAAGUUGCAAAUGCAUGUGGGUUGGAUAUGAACCAAAGGAUUUUACAGUACAUGCCUCUCCCACCACAACCUUCCUUGGAUCGCCCAAUUUUCUCAAUUGGCAGUAGGCAAACUUACAAAUUUGAUUCAAAGACAAACGCCCUAGCCAAGCUUAGGAAAAUCAACACCAAUCCAGAAAGGAUUCUUGAUGCACCGGGUUUUCAAGAUGAUUUUUAUCUUAACUUACUAAGCUGGUCCAAGAAAAACGUCUUGGCAAUUGCAUUAGAUAACAGCAUUUACCUCUGGGAUGGAGAGUCUGGAGAUGUUAAUCUAUUGGUGGAGUUGAAAGCCACAUGUACCAGUUUAACAUGGUCAGAUGAUAGCUGUCAUAUUUCCAUUGGCAAAAACGACGGUAACGUCGAAAUAUGGGAUGCCGAAACUAUGACACAUGUGAGGACAAUGAGGUCAGGCCUUGGUGUACGCAUUGGUUCUCAGUCAUGGUUGGAUACCCUUUGUGUUACUGGUAGCAAAAGUGGUGAAAUCCAAAUCAAUGAUGUGCGAAUCAAAAACCAUGUAGUGCAAACUUGGGAAAGACAUCAAGGUGAAGUAUGUGGGUUAAGCUUUAGGGAAGACGGUAUACAAUUGGCCAGUGGUGCCAAUGAUAAUACAGUUAUGAUAUGGGAUACAAGGCAAAAUAAUGAUCCAAUAUGGACUAAAAGAAAUCACAAAGCCGCAGUCAAGGCUAUUAGUUGGCAUCCGGAAAUUACCAAUCUAUUAGCCACCGGCGGUGGUUCAUUAGACAAGCAUAUACAUUUCUGGAAUACAACUACUGGUAAUAGGCUCGGAACUAUAGAUACAGGCUCACAAGUGAGCUCGUUGCACUGGGGCCAAAGUUACUCCAAACAUUCGGGUUGUAUGGAUACAGAAAUUGUAGCCACAGGUGGUACACCAAAUAACUGCAUAACCAUAUACAAUUACGAGACAAAAUUCAAAGUUGCGGAAAUACAACAAGCGCAUGAUUCACGUAUUGUUUCAUCGCAAUUAUCCCCUGAUGGCACCACUAUAGCAUCUGUUGGAGGAGAUGAGAAUCUCAAGUUCUAUCGAGUCUUCGAAGAAAGACGCAAAAGGAAAUACUUGGAUGAUAGAACUCAUAGGUACACAGACAAAUUAGACACUAAAUCGCAUGAAAAUGACGAACCUCAAAGAUCACCAUCCAAAGGCACAUACAUUAUUAGGUAG